GCUGUAGUUCCCCGCCGCAGCCCCGCGCAUGCCCCGCGGGCCGCCGCGCCGGCACACCGCGCCGUGCUGAGCCGCCAUGCCCGAGGGACAGGCCGCCUUCCGGGAGGUGCUGCCCAAGCAAGGGCAGCUGUCGGUGGAGGACGCGGCCGCCAUGGUGCUGUGCAAGCCCAAGGUGCUGCCCCUCAAGUCGGUGUCGCUGGAGAAGCUGGAGAAGCUGCAGCGGGCGGCGCUGGAGGCGGCGCGGCCGCCCGAGGGGACCCCGCCGGCCCGGCCCUAGCGCCGCGGCCCGGAGGGAUCAUUGUAACACCUGAACCCUUCGUCUUGGUACGGCAUGGACCUCUCCCAAGCAAAUCAGCAAAGAGAGGAGAGGCAGGCCUUCCUCCUCUGGAGAGCACGCAAGCAAGCUGCCUGGGACUCACCGGAGGCUUACUUUCCUCAAGUAUUUAUCCCAGCCUUGAUGUAACAGGUUUCACAUAGUGCAGCUUCUUAAUAAACUUUCUACCAGUCUAA